CAUUAAUGGAUUUGACUGACAGACACACACACAUCAAGUAUGCAUAUCUAUAACUGUAUGCACCACUAUGCACACUGCUGAUGAAUCCUUUCGGUUGUUUGACCGGCCAAAUUAGCCUGUACAACCCUCUGACCUGAUCCAGCAAGCAUCCUGCCUCCUGUCUAACGUAAGGGCAGAACACAACGUAACUUUACCACCAAGAGCGCUGUAGCUAGCUACAACACACCACCGUCCGGCGUCCGUACCGAUCACAUUUGCGCAAAACGAGCAAGGGAGUGGAGCUCGAUCCUGAUAAAGUAAUGAACGCUGAAGAACCUGCAGUGGCGAUCUCAUUGCACGUGUAAUGGCAGCAUGUCCACAUUCAUAUGACAGCAACUCCAGUGACACGGAAAACUGGGACCCAAAGACCAACAGCAGCAGGCCCCGCAAACUCUACAGACACUCAAGUUCUCAGAGUCGUGCCGGUCUCCCUGGCCUUGAGCCAGAGACGAAGAUGAACGUGCAUGGAGGCGGUGAGCACUCCCGAGACUGCCGUCGCUCUGGCGACCGCUCCCGCGACUCCUCUCACGAGCGAACUGAGAGUCAGCUGACCCCCUGCAUCAGGAACGUCACCUCGCCCACCCGUCAGCACAAUAUCGACCGUGAACGGGAGCCCAGUCCUCGGCCCCUGAGGGCCCCGCUCGGCCCCGGGACCGGCGAGGGGCGGGGCCCAGGCGAGAUGGUGUUUGUGUACGAGAGCACCAAGGAGGGGGUGCGCAGUCUGCGGGCCCCCGAGAGAGUGACUCUCAUCGUGGAUAACACGCGCUUCGUGGUGGACCCCUCCAUCUUCACUGCUCAACCCAACACCAUGCUGGGCAGGAUGUUCGGGUCUGGAAGGGAACACAAUUUCACAAGACCCAACGAGAAGGGGGAGUUCGAGGUGGCUGAGGGAAUCAGCUCCACUGUGUUCAGGGCCAUCUUGGAUUACUACAAAUCUGGGAUAAUCCGCUGCCCCGAUGGAAUCUCCAUCCCGGAGCUGAGGGAGGCAUGUGACUAUCUCUGCAUCUCCUUCGACUACAGCACCAUCAAGUGCAGAGACCUCAGUGCCCUGAUGCACGAGCUGUCUAACGAUGGCGCGCGGCGGCAGUUUGAGUUCUACCUGGAGGAGAUGAUCCUGCCGCUGAUGGUGGCCAGCGCGCAGAGCGGGGAGAGGGAGUGCCACAUCGUGGUGCUGACGGACGACGACGUGGUGGACUGGGACGAGGAGUACCCUCCUCAAAUGGGAGAGGAGUACUCACAGAUAAUAUACAGUACAAAGCUGUACCGGUUCUUCAAGUAUAUUGAGAAUCGGGACGUAGCCAAGUCAGUAUUGAAGGAGAGGGGACUGAAGAAGAUCCGACUGGGCAUUGAAGGUUACCCCACGUACAAGGAGAAGGUGAAGAAGCGUCCGGGCGGGCGGCCGGAGGUGAUCUACAACUACGUGCAGCGGCCCUUCAUCCGCAUGUCCUGGGAGAAGGAGGAGGGCAAGAGCCGGCACGUGGACUUCCAGUGCGUGAAGAGCAAGUCCAUCACCAACCUGGCGGCCGCGGCCGCGGACAUCCCUCAGGACCAGCUGGUGGAGCUGCACCCGGGGCCCCAGGUGGACGAGCUGGACAUCCUGCCCAACCACCCUCCGCCCGGCCACAGCUACCACAGCAACGAGCCUGACCCCGACGGCCCCUCGCCGGCUGUCUGAGACCCUCCCCAGCCUUCCAGCCCCAAGGACACCGUCUGCUUCAGGACACUUGGCAGGAGUGUAGUCCUUUUUGUUUGGUUUCUUUUGAUUAAUUUUUUUUUUUUUUUUUUUUUUACUUGACCAAAGGAUUUAUUUUUCAUUAGGUAUUUGGGAGAUGUGCAAGGCCACUUCUUUUUGAAACGGGCUGUUAUUGUCGAUGCCAUUAGCCCUGGUUUGGCGACGGGGCGUUGGCACUGCAGUGUCGAACAGUGCCCACAGGGACAGAGCACAAGGAGACUGUGGAAUUGUGGGACACUGCCCCAGAUUAGAGGCUCUGUUGAAGGUCCCGGCCACUCCCCCUUUACUCAGUUUGCUUUGCAGCAGCGGGGCGAUGACAUCACCAGCCUGAAUCUGUUCUCUUCAGCCGGACUCACUUCCUGCAGUCAGGAUCCUUUUGUGCAAGGCCUAACAACAUCAAUUUAAUAUUUAAUUAAAAAAUGUAAAAAAAACUGAAA